GCACAAUCAGCUGCGGUUCACUGCGGUGGAUCUUGAGCAUCUGCAGCACCUCCGGACUCCCAACACUCUCUGCGGAGGCGGACAGUCAGGCGACAGGCGGUCCCCAUGCGGGGCCGUUCUCCAAGCGACCGUAGUGGGGUGAAGCCCGCGCAGACUCCCUCCCUGUUCCUAGCUCCCAGCUGGGAAACAAAACUGGCAUGCACACAGCAACAACCCAAAAUGAAAGCCAGAACCUAUCACAGGGAGCACCGUAAGACGGAAUGGGUGCCACCCCAGCCCCAUCGUUGAAGCCUCAAAUGAGGGUGGGCAAAAGGGACAUAGGGAGAGGCUUUGCAGCACAGAGAGGGGCGUAUGCCCAGGGCAGCCAAGCCUUCUGGGUGGGCACCCGUCAGGACAGUGGAGGGAGAGGUCUCAGGUCUUCAGGCUCCACCAACUGUGGCUCCCACUGCCCGGGAAGGAAGCGGAUCCCCCAAACGGCUUCAGCUUCCUGUGGCCUCUGCCCCGAGAAGGGAAAGGGGGGCUCCCCCGAAAGGCAAGAACCGCUGUUAGCACGGAGCUCCCACCCCGCCCACGGUCAUGACAGAGCCUGGAGAGCAACUGCCAGAGGAGGUGCUGGCGCUUAUCUUUCGCCACCUGCCCCUGCGGGACCGUGCCACUGCCUCCAGGGUCUGCAGAGCCUGGGCUGCUGCUGCUACCUGCAGCGCGGUGUGGCACGACACGAUCAUCAGUUACGACUGUGAGCGAGAAGGUACGCUGCUACCAUAUCUGUCCGCCUGCCUGGACCACGUUCACAAUCUACGGCUGGAAUUUGAGCCGUCGAGGGAGCCGAGCCGCAGGGCGGCCACUGAGUUGCUGACGGCACUGGCGGGUCGUACCCCAGGGCUUCGAAGCCUGCUCCUGAAUUGCCACGGAGAAAAGCCCCUCUUCGACGCAGGCCGCGACAUCCUGGACGCCGUGCACGCCAUCUGUCGGGCCUCCUGCGCGCUGCGUCACCUCGACCUUCGGCGCUUGCCUUUCACACUGGACGACGCACUGGUGCUGCAGGCGUCACGCGGCUGUCCCGAGCUCCGAAGCCUUUUCCUAAACAACUGUACGCUGGUGGGCAGCGUGAGGCCAGACUCCGUGCUAGAGCUACUGAAGGCCUGCCCGCGUCUGCGCGCCCUUGGGCUGCACCUGGCCAGCCUGUCGGGCACCGCCCUCCAGGUGUUAGCGGCUCCAGACCGCGCGCCUUUCGCUCACUUGGCCCUACGGUGCGCGUGCCCCGAGGACGCACGCGCGCCCCCCUUGCCCGAGGAAGCCUGGGCCGCAGUGCGCCGCCGCCACCCAAGACUGGUCGUGGAGCUGGAGCUGGAGCCAGCGCUGCCUGACGAGAGCGUGACGCGGGUCCUGCAGCCUGCCGUGCCAGUGGCUGCGCUGCGCCUCAGUCUCUCUGGGGACACCGUAGGUCCUGUGCGCUUUGCUGCGCGCCACUAUGCCUCAACCUUGCGCGCGCUGGAGGUGCGCGCCGCUGCCUCAGCGGAGUUGGACGCCGCGCUGGAGUUGCUGGCUGUGCGCUGCUCGGACCUGCGCGAAGUACACUGCUUCUGCGUCGUGCGACCCUCCGUGCUGCACGCCUUCCGCGCGCACUGUCCGCGCCUGCGCAGCUACACGCUCAAACUAACCCGGGAGCCACAUCCCUGGCUGCCCACUCCUGUGGCGUGAUGGCG